ACAGCAAAGGAAGAACUCUUGGCGCGCCGCCGACCCUCAGAUUAGUCUGUCCCUUGACCCGGAACAGCAGCAGGAGCCGCCUCUACACCCGAUGCCCACGUGCCAGCAACAGCAGCCACGUGGGGCUCUACGGAAACGCCUUCGCAAAGAUUUGUCCCCUGCGCUGCCCAGUAGAAAGGAAGGCCGGGGAGGAGCUCAGGAGGAAACGAUCAAACGCUGGCCGGGUCGGCUUCUGGGUCGCCAUGGAGUCCACGCUGAACGCGGGCAUCGCGAUGGCUGAGGCGCUGCAGAACCAGCUGCCCUGGUUGGAGAACGUUUGGCUCUGGGUCACCUUUCUGGGCGACCCCAAGAACCUCUUUCUUUUCUACUUCCCCGCGGCCUACUACUCCUCUCGCCGGGUGGGCAUCGCGGUUCUCUGGAUUAGCCUCAUCACCGAGUGGCUCAACCUCGUCUUCAAGUGGCUGCUGUUUGGAGACAGGCCCUUUUGGUGGAUCCAUGAGUCUGGGUACUACAGCCAGGCUCCAGCCCAGGUUCACCAGUUCCCCUCUUCUUGUGAAACUGGUCCAGGCAGCCCUUCUGGACACUGUAUGAUCACAGGAGCAGCCUUCUGGCCCAUAAUGACAGCCAUCUCUUCCCAGGUGGCCACUCGGGCCCACAGCCGCUGGGUGAGGGUGAUGCCUAGCCUGGCUUAUUGCACCUUCCUCCUGGCAGUCGGCCUGUCCCGGGUCUUCCUCUUAGCACAUUUCCCUCACCAGGUGUUGGCUGGCCUAAUUACUGGUGCUGUCCUAGGCUGGUUGAUGACCCCCCGGGUACCCAUGGAGCGAGAGCUUAGCUUCUACGGGUUGACCUCACUGGCCCUCUUGCUGGGUGCCAGCCUCAUCUAUUGGACCCUCUUUACACUGGGCCUGGAUCUUUCUUGGUCCAUCAACCUAGCCUCUAAGUGGUGUGAGCGGCCCGAGUGGGUGCACUUGGACAGCCGACCCUUUGCAUCCCUGAGCCGCGACUCAGGGGCUGCCCUGGGUCUGGGCAUCGCCCUGCACUCUCCUUGCUAUGCUCAGGUACGGCGGGCACACCUGGGGCAUGGCCAGAAGCUAGCCUGCCUUGUGCUGGCCAUGGGGCUGUUGGGCCCCCUGGACUGGCUGGGCUACCCACCUCAGAUCAGCCUUUUCUACAUCUUCAAUUUCCUCAAGUACACCCUCUGGCCAUGCCUGGUCCUGGCCCUUGUGCCCUGGCUGGUGCACACAUUCAGUUCCCAGGAAGCACCACCCAUCCGCUCGUCCUGACUUGAGGUGCAUCCUACUGCCACAUUCCCUCUCACAAGGCCAACACUCCGUGACCUCCAUACUCCAGGAGGCAGCCCGUCCCCUUCCAGCUUCCAACAAGCUCUGCUCAUCUUGAAUUUUCCACUUCUCCCACCACCUGUCUUAGCCCCAAAGAAGGGCCUUCUAUCUCCCAGGAAGGCUGGUCCUCCUUCCUGUCCCAAGUCCCCAAAGAGCAAAGGCAACAGUAAGACCAGUGGGUUCCUGGAACACUGUGAGGGGCUCAGAGCAGCCCCAAUAAAGCCCUUCAACACC